UUAGCAGAAGAUUGUGAUUCCGCCCUUGUUUCAUUUCGGCAGUUUGCAAAACUGCAAAGCCAUAAAUUGUUUUUCAUUAACAAAUUUCUCUGCAACCCUUUCUCCUUUAUCUUUUUAUUUUAAGAAGCAGAAUGGCUUUGCGAGGGGUUUGGCAACUUCACAAGCUAAUUGUCAGCUGUUGCGACUGGGGCGGAAGUAGCAGAGGUAUUAGGGCAUUUAUGGAGUCACAUUUACCAGUGUUUAAGGAGAAGAAUCCUCAAUUAGAGGUGGUUACUGAACUCAUUCGUGGUCAGCAUCCACAUCUUAAGGGUUUUUACAAGAACAAGAAUGAGCGAGUGAUAUGUGUGAAGAAUAUGGAUCCAGAAGACAUACUUUUGCAUGCAACAAGGCUAAGGAAUGCAUUGGGAAGGAAGGUAGUCAAAUUGAGGACAAGGCACGUAACCAAACACCCCAGUGUGCAAGGUACUUGGACAACUGCUGUGAAGUUUUAAGAUGGAAAACUUGGUGUAAGAAAAUUCCCUAGGGCACAGUACCAUGGUGGUUCCUUUGCUUAUGGUGAGUUAGUAUAUGUUUGGAAACCCUUAAUAAUCAUGUAAAAACAUGUUUCAACGUGAAAGAUAUAAUUUGUGGCGUUGAAAUAGAUCCAUAUUUGAAUAGAUUUAAUACCAAUUCAAACACGCCAUUAAUCAAUUUGGGAACUAGUGGGUAUAAGUUCUCAUGUAUCUGGCACAAUCCCCAGUUUUUCAAUAAUAAGUGAAAAACCUAAGUAGAAGUGAUUUUUGGUUCCGUUUAAAGUAGUGUUUGUUUCAGCGGCGUGGUGCAAUGGGCAGCUUAAUGGAGGAAAUGCUUGUUUCUGAAAAACAAUUGCUUCGGAUACGAGAUUUUCAUGGUUGGCCUCAAAAAAUUAAAUCAAUUUGUAAAUA